CUAAUUGAAUCCAUUUAUAGUUUAUCUGUACUUUGCAUUUUGUGCAAUAGAUUGAAAUGGACGGAUUCUUACCUUUCGCCUGUUUCACUUUUGUUUGUGUCUUAUUUUUUUUCAGAGAAAAUAUCAGACUGGACAAACUUUUUGCUGGCAUAUGAACCAGUGUGGGCCAUUGGAACCGGCAAGGUUGCUUCCCCUGCUCAAGCACAGGAGGUUCAUGAUGGUCUGAGGAAGUGGCUCCACGCUAAUGUUGGUCCUGCAGUUGCUGAAUCUACCAGGAUUAUCUAUGGAGGCUCUGUAAAUGGGGCAAACUGCAAACAGCUUGCAGCUCAACCUGAUCUUGACGGGUUCCUUGUUGGCGGCGCGCGAGAGGCGGAGAAUGGGGAUGCGCUAGGGUUUGUGGGGGUCGCGGGCGAUGUCUUAAAGGGGCCGGGGAGGUCGGGGAUGGUCUACGCGGGGCGGCCUCGGCGGCCGGAUGACUGCCACGGCUCCCCUGCCUCCCUGUAG